AUGAUCUGUCAGCGUACCACAAAGAGCGUCGCUUACAUUUUGAACACUGAAGGCAUUUCCGUUGACGUUUACAUCGACGACUUUUACGGCGCUGAAUCCACUGAUUCGUCUGAGCUCUCUUUUCAGCGGAUGAACUCUUUGUUUGCAGAAUUGGGAUUGAUGGACGCCCCUGAGAAAGACUCUCCACCAUCUCAGGAAAUGCUUUGUUUGGGCAUUUGGAUCAACACGUUAGACAUGACUUUGUCCGUCUCUGUCUUCCGUGUUGAAGAAUUACAACUCGAGCUUAACGCGAGGCUAACCAAAUGUUUUUUUACCAAGCGCGAGCUUCAACAGCUCCAUGGAAAACUGUCCUUCGUUUCCGCGUGCGUUCGGCCAGGCAGGGCCUUCAUGAGUCGUCUCUUAAAUGCUCUUCGUUCGUGCUCUUCGGCGCCUAGGCGAACAGUUCAUCCAAUCUCCGAGGAUCUUCGCGCGGACAUAAACUGGUGGCAGUACUUUCUCUCGCAGUAUAAUGGUGUUUCCGUAAUUCCUUCUGAUGUCAUUGUCUCUAAUCCCGAACUUUUUGCUACUGACGCGUGUCUCACCGGUUGCGGUGCGGUUUGUUUUGGUGAGUGUUUUCACAGAGAGUUUCCGGAUUUCAUUCUCACCCAAGAAAGGUACAUUAACGAGUUGGAAUUGCUCACCGUCGUCGUCUCAAUCAAACUGUGGGCUCCCAAGCUACAGGGCCUUGGAGUCUAGCUUCUCUCCGAUAAUGCCACUUGCGUGUCAGUCAUAAACUCUCAACACUCGCCUAAUGUUUUCAUGCAGCGCUGCUUGCGAGAACUCUGGUUGCUCCUCACCUUGUAUAACAUCACCCUCAUUGUCCGUUCAGUUCGCGGGUGUGAUAAUUGGUUAGCUGAUUCUCUCAGCAGAUUUCACACUGGCAAGUAUUGUCAACGUUUCAAGUCUCUUGCAGGAGCUCGAUCUCUUACAGAGUGUACUGUGCCUGACAGUUUAUUUAUUUUCGCGCUAAAGUACCAGGCUCUGUUAUCCGAGUUUAUUGGUGCCUUUUGUUUUUUUUCAGAGAACGCUGCGCAGUUGUUGCAUUACGCUAACAGCAUUCAGUCCUUCGCUUUUCAAGAAUCCACCAAGAGGAACAUGAGAACACAAUUGAACUCUUAUCUUUUAUUUUGUGAUUACUGCGCCUUUGAGCCGUUUCCUGUUUCUAAACAGGCUUUUUUAGCUUAUUUAGCCUUCCUCUCGAAAUCAUUAUCUUGUUAUCGCUCUUUAGUCAAUUAUGUCAAUAUUCUCAAGCAUAUCAACAAGUCUCUUGGAGCUGAUUUCUCUUUCAUGCAUAAUUACGAUCCUUUUCUCACGCAGCGGUCGCUUCGUCCUAUUAUGGGUGACUCUGUUCGCGUCACUCAUCCGGUGACUGUUGAUAUUCUUUUGAAUAUUUUUUAA